AUGCUGCAUGCGUCAUUAGGGGGCACCGACCCGUCACGCCUCCUGCCGCCACCCGCCGACGAGCCGCCCGCGCACGCUCUGACCAAGGCCAGCGCCCGGGCGCUCCUUGACACGACCAGCGUCUUUAGCAUUGAGCGCCUCCAAGAGCUCGUGUUCCAGGGCCUCGACACCGACCCAAGCUUGCGGCCAGUCGCGUGGCGCGUGCUCCUUGGCCUACUCGGGAACCGCCCUGCGCAGUGGGCGACCGACGUGGCGGGCAAGCGACAAGCGUACGAAGGCCUGCACGAGCAGUUUCUUCCGCCGCCGCCCGACCACGCGCUCUUCAAGGACAUUCAAAAAGACGUGGCGCGAACGCAUGUGCAGCUGUCGGCUCGUGGCAUCGACUGGAUGCUGCGAAUUCUCUACGUGUUUGCUGUCGCGCACCCCGAGGUCGGGUACAUGCAAGGCAUGCACGAGGUGCUUGCGCCCAUCAUCUAUGUCUUCAACGGCGACGCCUCGAUCGAGUGGCAGGCGCACGGCGAGGCCGAUGCCUUUGCUGUCUUUGAGACGCUCAUGCAAGCGCUGGCGCCACUGCACUUGCCGUCCAAGUCGGUGCCGACCAAGACGGGUAUCCAGGUGCAAAUGACACGCCUGAACAUGCUGCUGCGGCAGCACGACGCUCGCUUGUGGCAGCACCUCAACUCGGUGGCGCUGACGCCCGAGUAUUACAGCUUUCGCUGGUACAUCACGCUCUUCUCGCGCGAGUUUGCAAUCGACGAGACGCUGCGGAUAUGGGACGCACUCCUCGCCGACAAGAAGCGCUUUGCAUUCCUGCAUUAUGUCUGCGUGGCCAUGAUCAUCUCGCAUCGGUCGGUGCUUUUGCACCGCGAAGCCGACUUUGGCUCGUGCCUCACGGUUCUGCAGAGCGAGCCGCCCAUCUCGGCUCAAGCGCUACUAGAGCAAGCGCUGCAUUUGCGCAACGUCGACCGGGCCGCCGACACCGUCGCGCGUCAGCGUCUCGACGGUCGCCGCGUGGUCUCGCCCGUGCGAAAAGUCUAG